AUGAAAAAUGCUCAAAAAUUGAGCCUUUAUGAAAUCCUAGGCGUUGGAAAAAAUGCUAGUAUAAAAGAAAUAUCGAAGGCCUAUCGAAUACUUGCGUUGACCUAUCAUCCAGAUAAGUUUUUAUCGAAUAGCAAAAAGAUAAAUGAUGAAGAGAAAAAAGCAGAAUCAGUCAAAACAAACACAAAUACAAACGCCGAUGAACCACUUACUUUAGAAAAAUGUAAAGAAAUAUUUUUGCAAAUUCAAAAAGCAUAUGAGAUAUUAAGGGAUCCUGAAAAAAGAAAAAAUUAUGAUGAGUUUGGAUUAGAUGAUGAAUUAACUGAAUUCAAAAAUUAUCUCGACCCAAAAUUAUUUCAUUCUAGAAUUAAAGUUGAGGAUAUAAUAAAUUAUGAGAAAAAAUACAAAAAUAGUGAAGAUGAAAAAGAAGACCUGAUUCAGUUUUAUAAUAAGUUUAAUGGGGAACUAAAACAUAUUCUAGAGUAUAUCCCUUUUAGUGAUGAAGCUGACUUAGACAGGUAUGUGGGCAUUUUUGAAAAGUUGUUUAAAUCGAAAGAACUAAAAAAAACUGCUGAUUAUGAUAAAUCGUUAAAGAAUGUAAAAAAUAUUAUUAAGAAAUAUAAGAAUAUUGUAAAAAAUGAUACCAAAAAAAAUGGUAAGAAGAGAAAAAAUGAAGCACCUAUUGAUGAUUUAGUUCUUGCAAUUCGAAAUAAUGAAGCACAAAGGACAUUAAAAAUAAAUUCUCUUUUAUCAAAUAUUGAAAAGGAGUAUAACAAAAAAAAUCCAAAAAAAAGAAAACAGAAACCACCAACAGAAGAAGAGUUGAGUGCUAUAAGAAAAAGACUAGAAGAAAAUAAAAAAAGAAAUAUAGCACUGAAAAAAAUAAGGAGCUAA